AGAAACCCUCUUCGUUGUUGUCUCUUUUAUUUUUCGACAAUCUUCGCCGUCUGAACAAAAAGGGGUUUUCAGAUUAGGGUUAUUUGGGUUUCGAAAAUGGUCAGGAGGGCGAACAUGCCGAGGGAGAAGCGGAGAGGGAAGGUGGAUCUCGACGAGGAAGGGAAAGCAGAAGACGCUGGAAAGUCUUCGAAGUCGUUUCUGAUAUUGAGCAGCAGCGACGACGAGGACGCGAACGAGGAUCCGAGACUGAAGAAUGUUGAGAAAGCCCUGUUGAUGCGCGCCGCCAAGCUGGCUCCGGACGACGCCGUUUUGGGUGAAACUAGCGGUUGUGGUGGUGGAUCUUCUGGUGUGGUCGCGCUGUCUUCGUCUUCGGCGUUGGAUGAAGAGGUCGUUGAAGUCCCCGGCGGGGUCGGUGGCUGUAACGGAAUUGUUAGUUCGGGGAAGAAGAAGGUUUUGAAGAGGGUGAGGAUUAAGAAGAAGAUUAAGAAGAUGGAAGUUGGAGAGCAAACCGUCAUUGUUGCAAAAGAAGAAGAGAAGGAAGAGACCGUCGAGGCGUCGGAUAUUGUUGAGUCUGUGGAACCAACUGCUGUUGAAAUAACUGACAACAUCGUGUUUCGGAAGCUUCUUCGCGGACCAAGGUAUUUUGAUCCUCCAGAUAGCAGCAGUUGGGGAAAAUGCUUUAAUUGUGGGGAAGAAGGUCAUACAAUGGCGAAAUGUACAGCAGUUAAGCGGAAGAAACCAUGUUUUGUUUGUGGGAGUUUGGAGCACAAUGCGAAGCAAUGCUCGAAGGGACAAGAUUGCUUUAUCUGCAAAAAAGGUGGCCACCGAGCGAAAGACUGUCCAGAAAAGUACAAGGGUGGUUCUCCAAGUUUGAAAAUUUGUUUAAAAUGCGGAGAUUCUGGACAUGAUAUGUUUUCAUGCUGGAAUGAUUACUAUUCACCUGAUGAUCUCAUGGGAAUACAAUGUUACAUCUGCAAGGGAUUUGGCCAUUUAUGUUGUGGUAACUCUGUUAAGACUAGCCCAGGAGUGAUUUCUUGUUAUAAAUGUGGUCAAUUGGGCCAUACUGGUUUGGCAUGUGCAAAGAUACGUGGGGAAGAUACUGGUACAGUGUCAUCUAGUUCAUGCUACAAGUGUGGUGAAGAAGGUCAUUUCGCCCGUGAAUGCAUGAAUUCUUCUAAGGCCAACAAGAGGAGUCGUGAAUUUUCUACCCCAACUCUAAGAUUUCACAGAGAAAAGAAAGACUACUCAGAAUUCAAAUCUGUGCCUCUUGAUCUCAGUAAGGUUCGUAAAAGGAAGAAAACCAGAAAUGAUGAAAAAGGCAUUGCAACACCACAAAAAUCAAAACGUAGAGGUGGCUGGAUAGUGGAGGAUCCUGGUGACCUCUCGCAUAGAAAAUCUGAAAAGGGCAGAUGGAGGUCUCCAGCGACACCUAAGGGUCAUAAGAUAGCUGGUUUAACUGCUGGUGGUCACAUUUCAAGUUCUCAAUCAUCCAAAAAAUCAAGCACGGCUCUUUCUGGAUCUUCAACAUCACAAGGAUGGUCUAAGGGUUUUCAGCACAGAUUUUCAGCUGCAAGGUUUGGCAAUUCUGGCAGCGAGGGGAUGCAUAGAAAUUACAGUUGGUGGUAGGAACCCAAGUUGAUGUAUGAACAAAAGCCACAACUGGAGAUAAAUCAAAAGUCAAUGCUUAGGUUCUUCUUUUGGGUUCCUACCACACUUUAAUCUUAGAUUUGGAACUGACCUACACAGUUUUGUUUUACACUGGUGAGGCAUCUUUCUCCUUGAUCUAAACUUGGCUACAUCAACUUCUUUAGAGCUUCAUGAUCCUUUUACUGUUGAGGUUUAUUCUUUUAACCCUUUAAGGCAUUGCCAUGUUGAGCGUGUACCUGUCACCGGGAAAAUUUAUAUUCAAUAAUGUAGUCAAACACCCCCAUCUUUUCUUUUCUUUUCUUUUCUUUUCUUUUCUUUUUUCUUUCCUUGUUUUUAAAUUAAAGCUACUGAAAAUUUGCAAAUAUACCACAUAGGGUGUCAUGUGGACUACUGUAGGUUUUCAAAAAUGAUUUAGGUUUCAUCUUAUGUAGAAUUUUGAUAAGGGAAUGUAUCUAUUGAUAAUGAUAUGCAGAGAGAUGAAGACUAA